AUGACGUCUCAGGAAGAUGCAUCUUCCUUCAGGAGGUUUUUUCAAUACGUGGAGGACAGUGGCCUUCGAACGUACGACGGACUGGUGAUCCAAAACGCCUCCGACAUCGCCAGAGAGAGUGACCGCAUUCGUAACCAGACCAACUGGAACUACUUGCAGGAAAAACACCAGAAGAAGAGACGGCAGAGGAUUGGUGAAGAUGUUGCCAUGGCAACAGAUGGGGCGUACUCUGGAAAACAUUUCAGGAUGGGUUUCAUGACAAUGCCUGCGCCGCAGGACCGUCUGCCCCCCCCCAGUCAGGGCUUCACCGUGCGGUCCCAGUCGCUGCACUCGGUGGGCGGAGCAGACGACGACUCCAACCCCAACAGGAAACAACCUCCGCCCAAACCCAAGAGAGACCCCAACACCAAGCUGAGCAGCAGCUCCGAGACGGUGGACACUGGCGGCACCAAGAGAGAUGCUCAAGAGACCAAAGAGACGCUGGAGCAGGCUGAAGCUCGAUCUUUCUACAACGAGGACUACAGAAAGAUGCCUCCACCCAAACCCAAAAGGAAUCCCAACACUCAGCUCAGCACCUCCUUCGAUGACUCCUACAUCCGUAACCACGGCAACAGGAAGUCUUCCCUGCGAUGGGACAAGUCUUUGUCCCAGAGUCAGAGCCCGGCAUCAAGAGACACGGACGACGAGGAGCCUGUCUACAUCGAGAUGGUGGGAAACAUCCUGCGGGAGCUGAGCGGACAGGAAGUGGAGGACGAGCAGAGCGAGGCGGUGUACGAGGAGAUGAAGUACCCCUCACUGGACGAUUACCUGCAAGACCCGGCCGCCAUCUUGGACCCUGACGCCUGGGCAGCCCGCAGCUCGCUCUGCGACAUCCCGCCGCCUUUCCCCAACCUGCUGACGCACCGCCCGCCACUGCUUGUCUUCCCCCCCGCUCCCGCUCAGUGCUCCCCCAACUCAGAUGAGUCCCCGCUCACCCCGCUAGACGUUACCAGGCUGCCCGUCAUGGACAACGUCUCUUACAGCAAGUCGGGCGGUGCCGAACCCCCGCAGAGCUCCACGCAGCACCGCAAGGAGAAGGAAAGGGACCGAGAUCGAGAUCGAGAUCGAGACCGAGAUCGAGAUCGAGACCGAGACCUGCCCUCCACCCACACCAUCACCUCCUCCGGCCGCUCGUCAGCUCCGCCCCUUCCCUCCAACCUCUACAAGUCUACUGGCUCCGCCCAUAGUGGCCAUGGUUACCCCCGCAGCCAAUCAGCAUGUCCGUCUCCGGUCAGCAUGGGUCGCUCUCUGACUCCUCUGAGUCUGAAGAGACCUCCGCCGUACGAUGCUCUGAUGGCCGGAGGAAGCAUGCCCCGCUCCUCCUCCUCCUCGUCUUCAUCCUCUCACAGGGCCGGGGAGGGCGGGGCUAGACUCAGUAACUCCUCCUCCACCCACGGCUCCAUGCAGAACAUGGCGAUGAGGUCACAGACUCCCACCAGCCCAUUGGACGAACUUAACAACGUGUUUACAUCAGGUCGACCAGCAAGGAAGAAAGGAGCAGGCAGGAAGAGCCGUGGCAGCGAAGGUGUCCGUCAGGGCUGA